CGCAGUGAUAGGAACCAGAACCAGAUCAUUCCGGCCACUUUAAAGUCUGUACCAUAUCGUGUCUGCAUGAAUUUGGGCUGAUGCAAGUAUAUGGAGUAAAAUGGACUACAAGAAUAAAGUGAUCUUGGCGCCAAUGGUUAGGAUUGGCACACUUCCAACCAGACUGCUGGCACUCAAGUAUGGGGCAGAUAUCGUUUAUACAGAGGAGAUCAUUGACAGAAAAAUACUGAAUACUGAGAGGAUAGAAAACAAGGUUCUGGGUACCAUUGACUAUGUUUCCUCUGACUCAACCCUGGUGUUCAGGACUAACUCUAGGGAGAAACAGCAGCUGGUCUUCCAAAUGGGCACAGCCAAUGCACAAACAGCUUUAAAUGCAGCGAAAAAGAUUGAGCAAGAUGUCUCUGCAAUAGACAUUAACAUGGGUUGUCCAAAGGAAUUUUCAAUAAAGGGAGGCAUGGGUGCAGCCUUGUUAAAGAAGCCAGAAACCAUCAAAGAAAUUCUGACAACAUUGGUCAAGAAUGUGGCAGUUCCUGUAACCUGCAAAAUACGACUGCUACCGGAGAUUGAAGACAGCCUGCUCCUGGUGAAGAUGAUCGAGGGAACAGGCGUGGCGGCCAUAGCGAUCCACGGGCGGCUGACGGAGGAGCGCCCUCGCCACCCAAACAGGAACGAGACGAUCAAGACACUAGCGCAGCAUCUCACUAUUCCUGUCAUAGCAAAUGGUGGCUCUCUGGAGAUUCAGUGUUAUGAAGAUAUCGCCAAGUUCCGUGAGGCAACAGGAUCCUCGUCUGUGAUGGUUGCUAGGGCUGCCCAGUGGAAUACGUCUAUUUUUAGACCGGAGGGAAUCCUACCAGUGAAGGAGGUUGUAAAAGAAUACCUCAAGUUGGCAAUCAAUGUAGACAAUGACUUUCCCAACACCAAGUACUGCAUACUGAGCUUGUUACAUGCUGAUAUGGACCAGCAGGAAGGGCUGGCUACCCAGGCGGCCAAGUCAGUCGAGGAAAUCUGUGAUAUCUGGGGUUUUGCUGACUACCUUGCGAGGGCAGUUGAGUCACGUAAGAGGAACAGAGAGCAGGCAGACCAUUGCCAUGGCAUCAAGAGAAGGAAAACAGAGGACGGGACCUCACUCGUAGAGAUGCCUGUUCGGUUUAUCAAAAAAGACUAUGGUAUAGGAGAGAGUCCCAAGCAGCGUGUCUACCUGUGGACACAGAAACAACCCAAGAAGAAGGCUUCAUAUGACACUGUGGAGAGGACAGAAGACCGAUGCUACAAGAGUGUCCUCACUCUCGAUGGUGUGAAAUACACUGCAACAUACUGGGAGAAGUCCAAGCAGCUUGCUGAGCAGGCGGCAGCCAUUGUUGCACUGGCAGUGAUAGGAGAGCAUGAUGGGAGGAAACCGGAUUCAACUAGUCCCAAUGAUGAAGUGCUGAGGGCCUGGAGGGAGGAGUUCCAAAUGAGUGAUGAUAUCAGUGCUAUUUAUAGACACAAGAAGGUGCUUUUUGGAAGUGAUGCUGCUAAAAAUAGACUUGAAAGAGCUAUGGAAGAAGACGAUGGCAACAGUUCUUUGUUGAAUGGCGGUAAACUUGAUUUUGAUGCUUCCAAUGAGAAAUUAUCUGUGGUUAGUAGCUAAUGAAAAAGGUAUAAGAUUAAGUCAGUUUAUAGUAUUAGUAUUAAGGAUAUUAUUUUACUUUUAUUGUGUUAAAAAUUACCAAUAUGUCUUUCAGGUAAUGGGUAGUGCGUCCAAAAAUUAUUUUGUAUUAUGGACCAGCGUUUAGAACUCUAUAAAGUCUAGCAUGUGUUAUAUUGAAAAUGUAAUUAUUGUUGUUUAUAGGCAACAUGUGAUGGCAACAUUUUAUUUCUAUGCAAUGUACAAAAUUGUUGAUCUUUGUAAAUUUGUAAAUAUCUAGUUUUUUAUUAAUUUUGUGAGGAGGUUUGCAAAGUUUUUUUGUAAUUAUGAUGUGAUAGUUAAAA